UUCAGUCCCAAGCGGGAAUUAUCGCGCUCUUUUUUUUAAGGGCGAAAUAACUUUUUUGCCUUUGGCAAAAAUCACACUCCAACUCUCAAAUAUUCGCUCCAAUUCUCCAUCUCAGUUUCACUAACCUAAUUGGAGCGAUGAAGAAUUCUGCUCCAUAGCUCACCUUCUCCAUUCUCGUUGCUCUCCGCCAUUACUAUAUCCAUUCUCGUUGCUCUCCACAAUCACCAUCUCUAUCGCCAAUUUUUAAUUCCAGCAAUUUUAGGGUUUGCUGAGUAUAAUGACUUAAAGGAGGGGGAUAAAUUGAAGGACAUGCAAGAAAAGCUCUCUUAAUAAGAAGAAUAAAGAUAGACUAAAAAGAAAGAUUGAAGAUAACUUGAAUUACAGACAAACAAAGGGUGCAGUGGAUAAGAUUAACCAGUUGAUAUUGAAGAUAAUUUUAUACUUUCAGAACACCAAGAAGCGUGCAUAAAGAGGUUCAACUAAUUUCUAAUCAUCUUCAGAAUUUUAAGUUCACCACAGUGUUAUCGGAUUGUUUCAAACACAAAUAUGAAACGUUUGCAUCAUAAAAAAUCAAAUGAACUAUCACGAGCAGUAACAUCAAAGCGUUAUAUAAAAUCAAACGAAUUGUCACGAGCAGUAGCGUCAAGAGUUGGACGACAUUUACCAACAUCGAUAGCACCACCACCCCCACCGCCCCCACCACCUCCAGCAACACUACCACGAUUAGAAUCGCCGCCACCACCGCCACCAAUACUACCACAACCACGAGCAGAAGCAUCAACAACAAGACCAGAAUCAUCAAUACGACGACCACCACCACCAUUAUCAGUACCACCGCUGCCACCUAUACGAGAAUCACUUGCUCCCUCAAUAAGCAAUGAUGAAAAUCUUGAGACUCCCGUUACACCACACUCUUGUACUACACCCCAUCCUGAUGUUUCUCUAGGAUCCAACACAAACUAUCGGCAUUCAUCAGAUGUUCCUUUCAUAUAUGUCAAGGGUGAAAGGUUUCUUCCCAAUGGCAAUAAAAUAUCUCGAAAUUUAUGUUUUGCAUUUAAAGAGAAGCAAGAUCCAGAGGGAUAUACUUGGUCUUCUGUUAAUGCGGAUGUAAAACAAUUUUAUUGGCAGGAUUUUGAGAGAAGAUACUCAUGGAAUUCAAAUCAAGAAGAGGUUGUUAAGGCCGCAUGGAAUAAAGUUACGAGAACUCACUACAACUAAACACUUUCUAGGUGGAGGAAAUCAUGGAAAAAGGUGGAAAAAAUACCCCAAGGUGUUAAACAAGAUGUUUGGGAUAGCUGGCUUAAAAAAUGGGAAUCAGAUGACUGGAAAAAAAAAUCGGAGCAAGCUUCAAAGAAUAGAAAUUCAGAACCAAAUGGACCCGGUACCGGUGUUGCUAAGCAUAUAGGAGGUUCCAAAUCUACUAUGGAGCAUACGACAUCAAUGGAAAGGGAAAAUAUUCUUGUGAAUACAUGGAAUGUUUUCAAAAAGUUACAUAUGAGGAAAGAUGGAUCAUUUGUUGAUAGCAAAUCACGUGAUAUUUGGGAGAAGAUGGAAGCAGCUUUAUCUCUUGCUACUCAGCCAUUAGAAGAUGGAACUAUUCCAGAAAUUGACAUUGACCAGAUUUAUUAUAAUGUUGUUGGUGGUGAGAAGAAGAGGCGUGUAUACGGACUGGGCUCUCAAGCGUCGAUCUUUUAUCCUCAACACUUGCCAUCUACAACUACUUCUCAAUCAGGUUCUUCGACUAAUGAUGAGGUGAAAAAGAUGAUGGAGUCUUUGUCUGAGAAAGAAAAAGCAAUGUCAGAAAAGAUGCAAUCUCUGACCCAACAACAGGAGUCCUUGAACCAACAACAAGCGUCCCUUCGGAAAAUGCAAGAAGAUUGUUUACGACUCUAUGAGACCUUACAGCGGGAUACACCACCUAAUUAAGGUCCAUCAAUUGAGUUUUGACGGUUGUAGCAUAUCACUAAGGGCUAUAUCGUAGUAGUUGUUUUUGUUAUCUAUGCAACAUUUAGACAUAGACAUAUACUAUUAUUUAUGGUAUAAUAUUAAUAGUGUGUAUGACGAAUAUACUUUCUAAUUUAUUUGGCAGCUACUGUUUAGUAAA